GUUGUUUGCUGACGUUUCCGCGUCACUCCGUUUCCAAGCUGCUGUUAUGGUGGAAGGGUCGGGAAUUUGGUGCAUUUCUUUCUCCAUAUUGGAAAACUUAGCCCCAGCUGUAUUUUUGUACUAACUUUGAUCAAAAGACAGGAGUGAAUGGUAUCUGUUCGCUGUAACUCUGUUGGAUGUCGACCAUGAGCAACAGUCAUCCCCUGCGGCCGCUGGCCUCCAUUUCGGAGAUCGAUCACAUCCACCUGCUGUCAGAGCAGCUGGGAGCGCUGGUGCUGGGAGAGGAGUACAGCGAUGUCACCUUCAUCGUGGAGGGGAAGCGGUUCCCGGCUCACCGGGUCAUCCUUGCUGCUCGCUGCCACUACUUCAGGGCCCUGCUGUAUGGUGGGAUGAAGGAGUCCCAACCCCAAGCAGAGGUGUGUUUGGAGGAAACUCGGGCUGAAGCCUUCUCCAUGCUGCUAAACUACCUGUACACGGGCCGGGCCAGCCUUAGUUCUGCACGAGAAGAGGUGCUGCUGGAUUUUCUGGGCUUGGCUCACCGCUACGGCCUCCAACCUCUAGAGGACUCCACCUGUGAGUUCCUCCGCACCGUCCUGCACGUCAGCAACGUCUGCCUGGUUUUUGACGUGGCCAGUCUCUACUCUCUGAGCACGCUCAGUGAAGCUUGCUGCGCCUACAUGGACAAAAACGCUCCAGAGGUGUUGAAUUCAGACGGUUUUCUCACCCUGUCAAAGACGGCUCUGCUAACGGUGGUGAUGCGGAACUCCUUUGCUGCCAGUGAGAAGGAGAUCUUCCAGGCUUUGUGUCGUUGGUGCCAGCAGCACGAGGACGGGGCCGAAACCCAGGAAGUGAUGUCAGCCGUCCGCCUGCCACUUAUGACUUUGACGGAGAUGCUGAACGUGGUGCGACCAUCUGGACUCGUGAGUCCCGACGACCUUCUGGAUGCCAUCAAGAUCCGCUCAGAAAGCCGCAACAUGGACCUGAACUACCGCGGAAUGCUCAUCCCAGAAGAGAACAUCGCCACCAUGAAAUAUGGAGCUCAGGUGGUUAAAGGAGAGCUGAAGUCGGCACUGCUGGAUGGAGACACCCAGAACUAUGACCUGGACCACGGCUUCUCCAGACAUCCCAUCGAAGAGGACGGUCGGUCCGGAAUCCAGGUGAAACUGGGCCAGUCGUCCAUCAUCAACCACAUCCGCCUGCUGCUGUGGGACAGAGACAGCCGGUCUUACUCCUACUACAUCGAGGUGUCCAUGGACGAGCUGGACUGGGUGCGCGUUAUUGACCACUCCAAGUUUCUCUGCCGCUCGUGGCAGAAUCUUUACUUCACGCCGCGAGUUUGCAGGUAUGUUCGUAUUGUUGGAACUCACAACACAGUCAACAAGGUCUUUCACCUCGUGGCUUUUGAAUGCAUGUUCACCAACCGUCCGUUCACCCUGGAGGACGGACUCGUGGUACCCAGCGAGAAUGUGGCCACUGUUGCCUCCUGUGCCAGCGUCAUUGAGGGUGUGAGUAGAAGCAGAAAUUCCUUGCUCAACGGCGACACGCGUAACUACGACUGGGACUGCGGGUACACGUGUCACCAGCUGGGCUCGGGAGCCAUCGUCGUCCAGCUCGCUCAGCCCUACUCCAUCGGGUCUUUGAGGCUGCUGCUGUGGGACUGCGACCAACGCUCCUACAGUUACUACAUCGAAGUUUCCACCAACCAGCAGCAGUGGACGAGGGUGGUGGAUCGCAGCAGGGUGGCAUGUCGAUCGUGGCAGACGCUGAAGUUUGAAAAUCAGCCAGCUUCGUUCGUUCGUGUCGUUGGAACUCAUAACACCGCUAAUGAGGUGUUCCACUGCGUUCACUUCGAGUGUCCAGCCCAGGUGGACACGGAGGUCACAGAGGGCAGUCCCGGGGUAGACUCGUCUGAUUCAGGCGCCGCCAGCCAGCAGCAGCGACCGCAGCGACCUUCACGCACACACAGCCUGCAGCCCAGCCAGCCCUCCUCUUCAUCCUUCUCCUCCCAGUCCCAACAUUAGGAGCUCUCUGAGACCUCACUGCCCUUUUGCACAGCUUUCAUCACCCAGACCACACUGCUCCAACGCUGCUACGGCUGUGGCCUCGUCUUUGUCGGUGGUCCUUCUGUCACUCGUGCAACAGUAGAACUGGUUUUUCUGUAGCAGCAGCAUUUCUAGCUCCUGUCUUCCCUGUUUUAUGAAGGUACUUUUUAGCCAUGAGACUCUCCAGAGGCGAGUCUCACACUGACUUAAAGAUUCACAGAGGAGCAGGUGGAUGGGGCGGAGCUUACGCAUAUGAUGCAUUCAUAGUAAUAAUUUUAAAGAAACAUUUGUUUAAUCCUCGUCGAGCUAUUUUUUUAAGAUUCGACUCACUUUUCAUACCAUCAGAUUAACAGAGUAGUAUUUUUUCUAAAUUUUCAAAGUUGAUUCUUUAAUGGUUCAUCAAACCUGUGAAGCUGAUAAAUCUUGAUGUUUUUUGGAUGAAAGUAGAAUUGAAUCCAAUUGUGCAGCUGCUUGUAAAGUAACAGCUACGGGGGGUUGAAUUUCAGGCUCUCCUACUCAAAAACCAAAUGUUUUCUGGUAUUUGGUGUGACCUUUUGAUACUUAAUACCUCAAGAAAACAAAAAAACAUCAGGUUUACCUGUCAGAUGAAUAUUUGAAGCUAAAUAAUUAGGAAUAAGAGUGAUGUUGUCAAAAGUAAGGGUUCAGAGGCUCGGACCAAAUGUUUCUGCACUAGAGCUGCUGGUUGUGUACCAGAGCAAGGUGUGCAGCUACCACUGGCACUUUCCUUUAGUUUACACACCGAUAAAGGCUGCAGCGUGUGUUUUCUGACUGAAGUACAGUAUUUUAAUGCUGAAUUAGGCUUGUUUAUGCUAAUUUAAACUCCUGGAAACUAGCUACUGAUGUUUUUGCUUCAGGAAUAAGCUCUCUGCACUGGUUUUAUUUGUUUGGAUGUUGCACUUUUCUGGUUAUUAGAAUCGUGUUUCAGGCUGGUGAACUAACCUGGGUGAGCAGCUUUUAAGCAUCGAAUCAGAAGUUUAGAAGAUGAAGUUGGUCUUCCUUAAAGCUAAACAACACUAGGGCUCUGUUGUAAAGACGUGUCCUCUGUAAGUUCAUGUACAUCCAUAGUUUGGUUUAAUAUAUUUGUAGUUUAUGUUUAUUGACGUUUUUUGUUCUUCACACUGCCGGUCCAUGAUGAGUUUUAUGUUUCAGGACUGGCUCUAGUUGGUUUUAUUUUUGUGAGGGGUCACACUCGUCCACUCGCUGCUGUUUUAAGGAAGAGGUCGUUCAUCUAAGCUGCACAGUGACCUCUGUGUUUUGUUAAGGCUUGUUACAGAACAAUACUGAUUUAUCACUUAUCACAUGUUCAUUCUGCUCAAGGCACUGCUGCCCUCUUGGCUCAACAGGAAGUGUUUGUGCUACACAAUGAGAAUUUGUGCUAUUAAACUUUUAAAUAUGUCUUAUUUUGAAACUCAAAUAAAUGUGUCUUGUUUGUG